GUUUUGAGAGAACACAAGAGGAAUGGAAAUUGAUGGCAACUCAAUAAUGUAUGGAAAUAAACACUUGAAUGGACUAACUUAGUGGCACAAAUGAAGGAUCUGUGGAGUUAUAACUAAGAUGCAUAGCCCAAUGGCGGAGCUGAACUCUGUCUCAGACACUCAUGCCUUACUGGAAUCUAUGCUUCAGAAAUUACGAUUGAACAAUCAACAGACCAACAGUGGCUCAGUCACUGAUAUGCAAACAUGCAGUGCUUCUGAAUCAGCAGAGGAUUCAUCUAAAACAAAAGUUUACCAUUUUGGAACUUCCCUCAGCAGUAAAGAGCAAGAUGGUCGCAGCUCAGUUUGGAAUAACUGGGAGAACUCUUGGACUCAACAGUCUCCUAAUUUGGGGAGUGCAUUGACUCCUGCUGCUAAACAGCCUGCCAAAAGGAUCACUAAACACUCAGGAUCAUCUGCUAAACCUAAACGUCCACCAUUAAUAUGGGGGGAAAACAAGCGUUUUAUCUCAGAGAGAUCUAAUGAUGUCACUUCCAGUGUUGGAAAUAAACAGCUUUCACUGGGAGGGGAGAUCAGGUCAAAUGUGCCACCUGUAUACCAAAGAGAAACCUUCAGAAAUCCUCCUGACCUUCUCGCUCCAACACUAACACCAUCAUCUUUGGUGCUGGACAAAACCGAGGUUAGGGGUCAGUGGAGUUGGGCUGCCGAGAGUGAGAAAAAUAUAGGUGGAGGAUUUAUUGAGCAACCAGAAAAAACAACAAAGACAAGUAGGAAGAAGUGGGGGGAGCCUAAAAGGUGGGCUCAGAGUGUGAAGGAGAGAUGGAGAGAGAGACGCAGAGGCACACAGAGCAGACAAAGAGAUGAUGGACAGACCCAGAUGCAGAAUGAAGCACAGAAUAAUUACUCUUCACUACCGACACCUAUUGAUGUGAACAACACACCUGCAGCGCUUGCCAAGACUGCAGAAAUCCCCCAAGUCAUGAUCAGCACUGCACCAGAUGAAGACGAAGGCCCCAGUUCACCAAGCUACUUAAGUGACAGUUUAUUGGCAUUCGACACUACUUCUAACUUAAUGGAGGAGAUCUUCAGUGGCACAGAGUGGGCUCAGUUUCUCUCAGUUAACCACAGCACAUCAGACCAAUCAAAUGAGCCACCAAAAAGUAUUAACCAAUCACACGAAGAAGACUGGACCAGUAAAUGGACUCACAAAGAUACAACAGAAUCUCAUUUAGUUAUAACUCAACCAUCAUUCCUGAACUCAACCUCCAAUAAAUCCGUUUACAACCAAGCCAACACAUCUCAGAUAAGUGAUCUCAAUACAAAUCCAAUACAAUCUUCUGACAUAUUUACAAACCAGUCACAAAACUUCAAGCAACAAAACGAACAAUCACAAUUGUACGAUUUUAAUCUGAAUGAAUUGAAGACGACUGAGAAUAGUCAUCCACAACCAAUGUCUACUGAAGUGUCCGACCCGAGCCAAACAGGAACAGAGGGCUUCAUUCCUUUUUUGGACCUUUCAUGCUUAAAGCCAAGAGACAGAUCAUCAAUAACUUCCCAGGGAUCUUUGAGCCGGAAAAGAGAACACUGGACCAAACGGAGAGAUCUGUUUGAACACACGACAGAGGACAUGGAACACGAGGAAGAGCAGAGCAGCUCUUUUAUGAACUCACAAUCUUCAAACUCGUCUUCCCUCAACUCAGUCCCAGACUCCAUCACUGAAAACCCGGAAACUGCAGUCAAAAAGAGGAGGAUGGAAGUUACUCGACGAGUUCGAUUUGCUGAGGAGGUGAUCGUCAUAACCGCCAGAUACUUGCCAGAAUACAAUGAAGAUGAGGAUGAGGAUGAUGACGAUGAUGACGACGACGAAGAUGAGGAUUAUGAUGAUGAUGACGAUGAAGAGGAGGAGGAAGAGGAGGAAGAAGAAGAGGUUGAAAAGGAGGACAAUAAUGACUGUCUGGAGGAACGUUCUCCUCGGCCGUCUUUACCGAGGUGGAUCGCAUCUUUAAGAGGAAAAAGUGCAAAGUAUAAAUUUUGACUCACUCUGCAUUUGAGUCCACUCUUGCACUUCUGCAGCUCAUAUCAACACAGACUGUUCAAACACACCUCACCGCAGGCCACACAUAAUACACAAUUAUCAUAUUCUGAAAAAACAAAACAUUUAAUGAGAUUGUGAUAUGCCAAUGACGCACUGAUAUGCCAUAAAUUAAUUAGUUUAUAUAAAACAUUUUAAAAGACAGCAGAGUUAAUGUCACAUAUUCAUGAUUUCAAAAUGACAUACAAUUUAAAUUCCCAAUGUUUUAUACAUAAAUGAAUACCCAGCUGAUUUACAUAAAUAACUCACAAUAAACACACAAAUCAACCAUGAAUACUGGAUGCACUUUUAACUUCUUAAAAUAAUAUCUCUGCUCAUUUUACACACUGAAUGAUUAUGGUACUUAAUGAAAUAUUUACUGUUUUUUGUUUACAUUAUGUGAUUUACUGCUGCUUAAUUGUUGUAAAUGUAGAUCAGUAAAAUGUCUGUUAAAAGGCAUCAGCAAUAUAGUUUUAUUUUAAAUUUUAAAUAUUUACUGUUUUAUUUUUAUGAGAAAAACAAAAAGACUUUUAUCUAAUUUUAACAUGAUUUACAGAAAACAACCACUAACAAGUAAGUCAUUUUAACAAUAAACCAACAAGUCUUGUUAGGCAUAUUUAGCACAAAAACAUUGGAUGAAAUAUUGAGAGACUUUAUAUUAAGAUCACGGUUGUGUGGCUAAUUUAUUGUUAAUUAAUUUUUUUUCUUUUUUUACUUUCAGCCACUGUCCUGCAAACCACUAGAUUUAUCAGCAAGAUAUUUACAAUCUUUUAAAAUAUAAAUUUAGACGGCCAGUUAAUGCCUAAUUUAUUUCAAUAGGUUUAUGUCAGUACAGUUGAAGUCAGAAUUAU